GGCUAGUAAUAGUUUUUCCCGGCUUUUCCCGGGCGAAGGCUUCGACGGGAUCGCGACAUCUAAACCCUCGUCAUUCUCCCCAAUUCGAAAUCCUGGACGGAAAAUAUGCAAGAGUUGCGACAGGAGCUUGGUGUAGAAGCAUCCUCAGGAGCAAUACAUGCUGUAUUUGGAGAUCUAAGUUGAAUGCAAUUAAUCCGUUAUGGCGGAUUUACUAUAUCGGGGAUUUAAGGCAAAUCUGAGAAGAAAUGGGAUUUAGGAUUCUGCAGGAUUAAAGUUUCCACUUUGAUCGUUUGAUAAGAUCUAGUUAAAUCCUGCUUCAAUUCUAUCGUAAUUGUUCGUGGUGACCUAAUCCUAUUUGUUGACAAGAACAAGGCGAAUCGAACUGAGUACGGAACUCGAUGAAGAGGCUUUCCAACAAAUUCCCAAGUCGCAAGGUUCAUCUCCUAUCUCAGUCCAAAGUCUCUUCCCAAGUGGCUCCGCCCUCCUCUCUUUCCUCCCUCAAUGCCCCUGGUGAUCCUGGACGAAGAGAUGUAGGGGUAGGAAAGAGGAGACACUGCGUAGCCAAGAGCUCCUCGAUUUGGUCCGUUUAUUUACUUGCCUCGACUCGGUUGCCGAGGACUUACGUGGGGGUUACCACCAACUUCUACCGCCGACUAAAACAACAUAAUGGUGAACUAAAGGGUGGAGCAAAAGCCUCAUCUGCUGGAAGGCCAUGGUCUCUCGCCUGCAUUAUACAAGGAUUCAAAGAUCGUAGUGAAGUAGCCUGCAAGUUUGAAACAAAAUGGAAGAGUCUUUCAAGGAAAACUGCUAGGAAAAAGAAUAAGGAUUGUCCUUCCACAAAUUUGCUAUUGCAGCACCGGGAAGCUGCGUUGAUCCAAGCAAAAGCAUCAUUUGAUUGCAACAAUUUGUGGAUUCAAUGGCUCAUGAAGCCCUAGUAUCUUACAAGCAUGGUGGUGCAGACGCUUCAAGGUUCUCUUUGUUUUAUGACUAUUGAUUUACUCAAAUGAAUUCACCUUUAAAAUUGAAGUUUUAUCUAUUCUUCUGCUUGGAGCUGUUGUUUUUUGAUUGGACAAGUAAUCAUUAAUUUAAUGCGAGAAUAAAGAAUCUUGAACGAUUCUGUCUGUAUAUUUAUUAUUGUUUACAUGACUACAAUUGUUGAUUGUAGCAGCUUCAGGCUGUUAUUUUUUA